AUGUUGGUAGACCUGGGGAAAAAGUUGAAGUUUCCAGAGGAAGUGGCCCAUACCACCCUUCGGCCAGACAUAGUACUUUGGUCCAGGUCUCCAAAGCUGGUUGUACUGGUAGAGCUAACAGUACCCUGGGAAGAGAUAUGUGAGGAGGCAUACAAACUGAAGAAGGGAAAAUACCAAGACUUGGUAGACACAUGUAGAGAGAGGGGUUGGAAGACGUGGCUCUUCCCAGUGGAAGUUGGAUGCAGAGGCUUUCCAUCACAGUCAGCGUGGAAAAUGCUGGGAGCUGUGGGCAUCAAGGGACGAGUCAGGAAGACCGCCGUCCACGCUCUUGGGAGAGCUGCAGAGAGGGCGUCCAGUUGGCUCUGGCUACGACGCAGCAAACCGACUUGGAAGCCAACAUAG